CAAGCUAAGUCUUGCUCCGAUUAGCUACUUUGCUUAGAAAUCAAGGCGGAGUUUCAAAUCUUUGUAGCGGAGCGGCAGGUCCGGUGUUCGUUCGCAUGGGGAGGCGGUGGUUGCUAGAACUAUCGGAGUCACAACCAGGAUGCGGAGGAGGUUUCACCUGCUGCUCGGCAUCGGAAUUAUAUGGCUGUUCGGAGUAGCUUAUUAUUUACUGAGAGAAAUUAAAACUGAGGGUAUUGGAGAAUUGGAGUGGCAACGUGACCAUGGAUUACCUGGGGAUAGACAAGAUGGCGCACUGUCGCCAAGCAAGAACAUUAAUCGCAACAAUGCAUUUCACCAUAAGGAAAGGUUACCGGUGGAGGGUAACAUUAUUAUUGAACCACAACUUGUGAUGGACACAACAGGUAGUGUUGUAAACAUACAACAAAUGGACAGUUCGGGUAAAGUGCACUGGAGUCAGUUUGAUGCUGAUAAAUACAUUGCCAAAAAGGCACUGAAACCAGGAGAGGACAGCUAUGCUAGGAACAAAUUUAAUCAAGCUGCAAGUGAUAACGUCAAGAUGACAAGGGAUCUACCAGAUGACCGAAAUUAUCAUUGCACUAAAGAUUGGAGCCAAGAAAAACUACCAGCAACAUCUGUGAUUAUAACAUUCCAUAACGAAGCCCGAUCCGCAUUAUUACGCACUGUGAUAAGCGUUUUCCGAAAGAGCCGGGAAGAUCUUAUUCAAGAAAUAAUCUUGGUCGAUGAUUUCAGUGAUGAUCCUGCUGAUGGAGAAGAAUUGCUAAAAAUCCAGAAAGUGAAAGUUCUUCGCAAUGAUAGAAGAGAAGGUCUAAUGCGGUCUAGGGUACGAGGAGCCGAUGCGUCAACUGCUAAAAUUCUGACAUUUCUUGACAGCCAUUGUGAAUGUAACACAAAUUGGUUAGAACCCUUGCUGGAGAGAGUAGCAGAGGACAGAUCUCGAGUUGUUAGCCCAAUCAUUGAUGUUAUCAACAUGGACAAUUUUGAAUAUAUAGGUGCUGCAUCUGAAAUCAAAGGAGGUUUUGACUGGAAUUUAGUCUUCAAAUGGGACUAUAUGUCUUCAGAGGAAAUUAGGAAGAGAGAGACCAAUCCAACACUUCCAAUUAAGACUCCACUUAUUGCCGGUGGAUUAUUUACGAUAGACAAAUCUUGGUUCAAUGAACUUGGCAAAUACGAUACCAAAAUGGAUGUUUGGGGAGGAGAAAAUAUUGAAAUUUCAUUCAGAGUUUGGCUGUGUCAUGGUAGUUUGGAGAUUACUCCAUGCAGUCGAGUGGGUCAUGUUUUCCGAAAACAGCAUCCUUACACAUUCCCUGGAGGGAGUGGAACAGUAUUUGCAAGGAAUACUCGACGAGCAGCUGAAGUAUGGAUGGAUGAAUAUAAAUAUUUGUACUAUAAUGCAGUACCAUCUUCGAAAUAUGUUUCCUAUGGAGACAUAUCAGAACGUCUAGAACUUAAGAGGAAACUCAAAUGCCGACCAUUUAAGUGGUACUUACAGAACGUUUAUCCGGAAUUAAAAAUACCAGAAAACCAGGACAUGUUAUAUGGUAUGGUCAGACAAGGAGACCUUUGUAUAGAUACCUUGGGCCAUACGGCUGAAGGUACUGUUGGAUUAUUCCAUUGUCACAACUCUGGGGGAAAUCAGGAAUGGGUGCUGUCUGAAAAUGGCAACUUGAAGCAUCUAGAUAUGUGUAUUACGUUACCAGAGGUAUUAUCUGGUGUAGCUUUGAAAUUGGCACAAUGUGUUCCAGGUGACAAAAUGAUGAAAUGGGUCCAUAUGAACAACAAAAGUAUGUUUAAGCACCAGAAAUACAACCUUUGCAUUGACAGUCGGGAUUUCCCAAAUCAAGGACUUAUUGUGAUGCCAUGUGAUGAAACAGCCAACACCCAACAGUGGAAGUUCCUGUCUAGUUGAAACUAACAGAGGAGGGCCUGGUUCUUCUCCUUGAUCAUCAUCAUUAUCAUCAUUGUCGUCAUUAUUAUUAUUGUUGCUGUUAUUAUUAUAAUUAUUUUUAUUAUUAUUAUUAUUAUUAUUAUUAUUAUUAUUAAAUCCCACUGAAGUUGACUUUUUUUUUCCCUCCCUCUGGAGAGGUUGGAGUGGGCCAAUAAAGUACCAGUCGAGUACAGGGAACCCGAAGCAAUUUCAUCAACUGAGCCCGUCCCACUCCUCAAUGUUUGUGGCUUUGUGCCAAAGUUAGAAAUAAUUACCAUUGUUGUUAUUGUUAUUAUAUCAUUAUUAAUCAUUACUAUUAUUAUUAUUACUACUUUUAUUAUUUUAUUUUCAAAUUCAUAAAAAAACUCUUUCAAAAAAAGUUGUGAUGAAUAACCUUGUUAGUGCUACCCCGCCACCCUUACCACAGAGAGGAAAGAAAAGUUGUUUCUAAUCUCACUUCUUCCUCUUUCCUCAUCACCAGUUGAAGGCUGUGACAGCUAUACGAAUUCUAUAAGCCCCCCCCCCCAACUCUUCAUCCUCUCCCUCCAUUUCACCUCAUCCUUCCUUCAACUUCUUACUUUAUCCACCACCACCACCACCACCACCAAUGCCACCGCCACAAAUGCAACCGCCUCCACCGCCAAUGCUACCACCAACAACACCACUAUCAUCAUCAUUCUAUACCAUCUUGCCAAUUACUAUCACUUUUAAAUUCUCUUUAUUUCUUUUUCCGUUUUCCUUUUUUUGUGUUGGUUACAGAAUUAUUUGUUUCUUCAUCAUUUUUGGUUUGUCAAUAUAUCAUGUUAUUUUAUGAUGGUGAUGAUGAUUAUGAUGAAUAUUUGUAUGUGUCUAUAUAUAUAUAUAUAUAUGUUUGUGUAUAUAUAUAUAUAUAUAUAUAUAUAUAUAUAUUCAUGUAUACAUGUGUGUGUGUGUGUUUGAGAACCAUUUAUUUUCUUCCCAUAUAUACACAAUUAUAGGUAUAUAUAUUCCGUCCUCCCCCAUGCUAACAAGGUGAAAAUGAAUGUUAACCUCACGGUGGUGGUGGUGGUGGUGGUGAUAAUGAUGUUGAUAAUGACUAUGAUGAUGAUGAUGGUAAUGUGUGUGUGUUUACACACACAGAUGCAUGUUUGUGUGUAAGUGUGUGUGACUUUACAUGUGUUACUAUGUAAUUGGCAUGCAUUUACACGUACUUACGAAUGUGGGUACACAUGCAGGCAAAUUGAGACAUGUAUCUCAGGAUAUACCUGCAUUUCAACACACACCCAUGCACACAUACAUAUAUGCACUUGCACACAUACAUAUACAUGUUUGUGUAUAAUAAAAAAAAUUUUUUCUUUUUCUUU